GUUGAGUAAAUAAUGCUAACUCGAUUAAUACGAUCACAAUAUAGUAUUUACUUUGGGAUAAAUCAUGUGUUUAUCAUAUAAACAAACAAAUAGAUCAGUUUGGUGGCAAAGAUGACCCUCCAACAGACGUGGAAUGAAUAUUGUAAAGCGUUCGGCGUGAAGCAGGAUAUUAUAGAUAAAUACUGGAGUGAGAUUGAAUCAAAGUAUACGGAAAAACAAAGAUAUUACCACACUUUAAAUCACUUAACACACAUGUUUACACUUUUCGACGAUGUCAAGGACGAGCUUUCGAGACCAGAGCUAGUUGCUAUGGCCAUUUUCUUUCAUGACAUAGAAUACGAACCUACAGAGAAAGAUAACGAAGAGAAAAGUGCUGUACUGUUCAAAGAAUUCUCAACAAAUUUCGAAGCACAGGAUGCUGAACCUCAGAAAGAUAGUGCUCUUGUAUUUGAUUGGAUAAUUGAAACGAAGAAACACGAAACGGAAGUUCACAGAACGCCGGAAAUAUUUGGUCGGGAUGAUUUGCAUUUUUUCUUAGAUAUGGACAUGGCAAUUUUAGGAGUCUCCGAUUCAGAUUAUAAGAAGUAUGCAGAUGAAAUAAGACAGGAGUACAUACACAUUCCAGACCAGUUGUUUAAACAAGGCAGAGCAAAGGUGCUGCGUUCGUUUUUGAAAGUUCCGAAUAUAUAUGCCACGGAAAUAUUUCGGAAUAAAUUUGAGAAGCAGGCACGAGAAAAUAUAGAGGCAGAAAUUCGGAGGCUAGAAGAAUAGAUUUUGAUAUGUAAUUUUAUACAAUGUCAUCGUAUGCGAACAAUUUUCAAGUUAAGCUGUUGUCAUGCAGUGUUUCCAUUGCCUGACUGAAGACCAUGAUCAGCAUACACGGACGUACAGGCAAAUCUUGGUCUGCACUGGUCGCAAAGGCAGAAUCACUAGCCAAUAACAGGCUAAAGGUUAAAAUAUAUGAACAAUUUAUUACUCGUUAUGCACAUUUUGUACACACCACUUAUUUUUUUAUUCAUAUAUAGCACUUUACUUAGUUAUAUAGGACUUUUUCUAUAUAAAUUCAAGUGUUUAGAUUUAUUUUAAAAGCUAGGUUGUGUUGUGUUCGCUGUGUUGUUUUAAUUAACAAUAGCAUGUAUUAUGAUAUGCCAUUUUACUUCUAUGUAUGUGACAUUUUUAAAGCAUAUGUUAAACUUGCACGCUUUCAAAAGUUGUUUUCGGAGAGAUACUGGAAUCUGUGUCCAACAAAACGUAGCCACUCGGAGAAAUGUCCAAGCUACCUUCGGGGAAACUGUAUAUUAUAAAACAGAAGAAAGAUCAAAUACAUAAAAUUGUGUUACCACAAAUUAAGUGUUAUAAAGUUUAAAACGUACCGGGAACGUCUCACUUCCCUUUAAAUACCAAGUCAGGAAGACACAUUUGUGGUAUGAGAUUUUUAAGGCAUCUUUCUAAUAUUACAGACAUUCAUGUUUUAUGUUAAUUUAAAAGUACAUAUCUGUGAUAAAUGACAGGGUACGCUUCUAUUAAUUUACUUUUUCUUCCUCAGUGACUGGACUCCAGAUUCUUGUUAAAAUGAUGUUCCUUUAAUGCAGAUUAGAACAUGAGUUUUUGUUUCUUAACUAUUUUCAAAAAAUGCUAAAUAAAUAUAAAAAAAAUGCAUACCUGACUCGGGAAUCGAACAUUGGUUGCCUCGGCAAUAAAACCUUUCCUACAAUCUGGUCCAGUACACGGAGUAUUUCAUACUUAACCAUUUGUAUAAAGCUUUAUAAAUUAAGGCAGUUUACCUUCGGUACCCCAUGACAAACGCUUUUCAAUUCUGAAUGGAAAAAGUUAGUAAAUACAACUAAUUACUAAGUAUUAUGCGUUUCCAGUACAUAUAAUCUGUCACCAACUGUAAGUUCCAAGACCUUCUUAAGAAACAUAGUACUGUUCCGCUGAUAUCUUAAAAUUCUCUUUUUUUCUUUGUUGUCGUACGAAUUGGAGGUCAGUCAUUUUAACGUACUUUUAUUGUUCAUUUCUUUUUGUAUGUAAACCUCUGAAAUCUAUCUGAAAUAAUGUUUCAGCUUAAGAGGUUUGGUCACGUUUGACGUCGUGGGAGUGAAAUAAAGCCAUUCUGCACUAGUGUAAUUAUUAUAUAAAUAAUCAAUGCAUUUGCGUUGUUUAUCGUCAGAUUCACCACGGUUUACAUUACAUUUCAGAAGUGCACAAAUUGGGUUUGUUAUCCAACCAUCUGAAAGAUGAACCGUAGCAAAACCGCAAGAAGGCAUUGAUUCUAAUCAUUCUAACAUGGUGGUAAAAUUAUGCUGAACUUCAUUAUGCUUCAAAUUUACGUCAUAAAACAAUCACUGGUCCACACGUCAACCGUUGUUCAUGGCAGAUUCUAAUACUUGUAUGACUAACAAUGCUAAAUAAUCAUCACAACGAUAUCAUGUUGACGUCACGUCGGCCAUGUACGCCUUUCAAAUUUGAUCAGAUAUAUUACUUAAUGAAAAACAUGUUUAAAACGAAAUGUCACAUAGCAUAACUGGUUUGAUUAAUUUACACACACACGGAGUUGGUUAUUAGCUGUGUAGAAUAAUUCACCAUCAUUUACGCCUUAAUGGAACUAGUCCGCAAGACGUAUUACCAUUUCCAAUCCUGGCGUGUAUAAACAAAGGUACUAUUUAGCGCCAUACAUGCCCCAAUGAAUAUUUCUAUCAUAUUUUAUCUAAAUUUUACAGUUAAAGAUAUAUUAGAAUCGAAAGAAUUUAUAACAAAACCGUGUUUGAACACUAUUUUUACACUAGGACGGUUAAACGUUGUACGAAAUAAUUCACUCGGGUUAUGCCGUCGUGAAAUUAUUACGCUUGACAUAACCGUUCAUCGUGUAUAAAUAGUGUUAAAACACGGGUUUGCAAUAAAUUAUUUCUUAAAUAUACAGAGCUUGGCUUCCUUCUUUGUUUAACUGACAAAAAAUGAGCUAUGUUGAAAUAACAUUCUGAGGUUGACGUCGUUUCAAGUGUAGACAUUAUUGCCUACCUAGCUCGGACAAUAGACACUUGUCCGAUUAUGUGCCAUGGAUAGAUAUUCCGACGUCAGAUAUUACUAGAGACCAGUAGCACUACUAUUGCAUCAUAGUCUAUAAACAUAAUGCAAUGACAUACGCAAAUCUUUUUGUCACAGCGAUCUACUUUGAACGUGAUUGAUAAGAAAAGUGGUCUUACAUGUCUGACAGUGAAUAAAAACUGCUAACAGUCGGUUAUUUAUUCUGAGUUGUCUGUCUGGUUUGGGAAAACCCUGCCUUACACAAGCAAGUCAUGACAAUAACGUAAUUUUUUUCUGUUUGAAAAAACAAAAAAAAAAACAACUGAAUUUAUUAAUUCAAAAUAAUUGUUUUUGCAGUGCAAUAUAGAUAUUUACUGUUUAUUUCAAACUACAUUUCUUUCCUCUGUUUUGAAAGGAAAUGUUAUUUUUUGUAAUUUUGAAUAAAUGAAAUUAUUUUAUACU